UCCCUGACAGGUGAAAACAAGCCAGGACCCGAUUGAGGAAAACACACCCCGUUUAGAGCCGCCAACCACCACCAUGAGUGCCAGCGAGGGUAUCAGUCUCCCCGGCAACGAGGACACCAGUCCACCACAUGAAAAACAUAAACAAAGGCCCAAGAAGGCCAAAAAGAAAUCCAGGAGUGCCAAAGAGAGUGUUCCACAUCCAAUGGACGCGAAAGCCACUGCCAGCUACUUCACUUUGAGUAUUGUGGGUCAAAUAGUAUCGGCCACCUUUCCUUUGGGUCCCGACAAGGAGUUCGUCUUCCUGCGCUAUGAAAUGGUCGCUGGUCCCGACUGGCAAUUGUCCUCUGGACCGCAGCAUGGACUCACCCAAAUGGCCACCAACAAGAGGGGUCACUUCAACGAACCGAUUGUCUUCAACAUGCCCAUCGAGGUGACCUACAAGAGCACCAGUCCCUUUGGCUGGCCCCAGAUCCUGGUGAGCGUGUUCGGACGCAGUGGCCUUGGUCGGGAGACGCUCCUUGGCUAUGCCCACAUCCACCUGCCUGUAUUUGGUAGUCGUCGCCCUGCUGAGCAAAUGGAGCAGCUGCAGGCCUCCAUAUUGAUGCCGAAGUGCCCUAACAUGAUGGCUGAUAUCACCAGUUGGCUGCUGCGCCGCGAGCCGGAACUAAAAGAUCCCAAGGUACUGCUGGACAACCUUAAGUGCAAGGGCCUCUCCAUGGAGUCCUAUGGCAGCCUGCAGUUCCAGAUGUCCUCCGUGGUGCGAGGAGCUCGCAAGUUGGGCUACCAUUGGCAUUCCUGAGAAGAAUAUCCAAUAUGUGUGUCAGUAAAACGUGAA